AUGCCUGCCAUUCAGCGCAACGCAACUUUCACAAAGACCUUCAUUCGCAAACCAGGUCAGCGAAAUGAUCAGUCCAUACCACUUCACACAGAGGCGCCCCCUCCGCUUCGGCAGCCUACACGCAUCGCACGCGCCAAGACACUCACCCGUCCCGAGCGAAGUCAACCGCAAGUCCCACUAAUCAACCCUUCAAGCGGCGGUCCUGGCUUUUCAGCAGCUUCCAGCUCAAAGAGCAGCUUCUCUUGCUGGACUGCCUUUUCGCUUGUUGUAACCUUCUGGGCCCCUAGCCCAGUUCUCAGCGCAUGCGGUUUCAGAGACAAGGCCAGUCGGCAAGCAUGGCGUGAAAAAGUCUCGCUCGUCUUUGUCGCCAUUUUGCUCGGUGCCUUCAUCGGUUUCAUCACCAUGGGUCUUAACGCUUCCAUGUGCCCAUCAGCAGACAGCAAUUCGCCAAAGACCUUGAUCGGCAUUGGUACCGGAGGCGCCGUGCUCGGUGUUCAGGGUUGGGCUCUCGACAUCGCCCAGGCUCAUCACUUUCCCAACACAGAAGCUUCUAAUCUCUUCUCGCUCUCCACCACUCGUUCCGGUUCCGAUAUCUCAUCUCUCUUUGCCAGGACCUCUAGCGUCAACUUCCCUGCCUGUCGUGGAUUCACUGGUGCCUAUGCUGCCGAUCCACCGUGUCUCGCUCUCAAUGGCACCCUCUUGCAGGAAUGUCCGCUAGGUCCAAUGACCCCAGCCAGCUUUGCUACCUACGGCAUGCGCAACGAAUCCAAAAGGAUCGGCUACGGCUGGCAAGAUAUUGAGAGCGGUAACUUUACCAACUUUAUCGUCCUUGAUGGAAGCGUGCUCAACAUGACACCUUACCUCAAAGCCAACCCAGCACCCAUCCGAGGUGAUGUUGUUGAUCUUGCGAUCCGACAACAGCUCUCAACCCGUGUCAGAGGUGGACGCGACUCGACCAUGAUGUUCUACACCAACCCAACAGCUCGAAAAGCCAUCAAGUGCCUGGUGCAAAAGUACGAAGCAGGACACAUUGACAAGAUCACCCCCGGCUGCUUCAUCUCCAAUCUCGUCCUUUACUGCUCGCUUGUCAUCAUCUUGGCAAUUGUGCUUAUUCGCUUCUUCAUGGCUGUAUGGUUCUCGUGGUUUAUGGCUGGUAGGAUGUCUUCACCACCACGUCCAUCUCGUCAACGCAAGAUUGCGCCCAACAUGUUGCCGGAUGGUGCCAUGACUACAGUUAACUCGUCUGGCGCCGCACCAUGGGCCAACAAGCAGCGUCCACCACCUUCGCAGCCAGUUGGCCGCAGACCUGACUCAACAUCAUCCGCCACGCCCUCAGUUCUGGAGGGUUUGUCGAUCCAACACAUCGGUACCGAGCCCUAUAUUGUCUGUUUGAUAACGGCAUACUCCGAAAACGAAGACGGUAUCUCGACAACACUCACCUCGCUCUCGGCGACAGAGUACUCGGAUCAGCGCAAGUUGCUCUUCGUUGUGGCCGACGGUAUGGUUACAGGCUCAGGAGAGUCGAUGAGCACUCCCGACGUUUGUGUGUCCUUGCUCGAGGCGGAUCCACGAUUCGGCACACCAACGCCCAUGAGUUUCAUCUCGAUCGCACAGGGUAAGAAGGAGCACAACAUGGCUAUGGUCUAUGCUGGCCACUAUACUCGAGCUAAAGGACAUCGAACACCUAUGGUGGUCGUGGUAAAAUGCGGUGCACCUGAAGAAGCUGGCGACUCGAAGCCAGGUAACCGUGGUAAGCGUGACUCGCAGAUGAUUCUGAUGAACUUCUUCCAACGCGUUACCUACAACGAUUGCAUGACACCGCUCGAUUACGAUCUCUUCCGCAAAGUGCACACGCUGAUGGGUGUCACACCGGACUUUUUCGAGCUGUGUCUCAUGGUGGAUGCCGAUACCAUGGUCUACCCCAAAUCCAUCAAGACGUUGGCCAACUGCAUGAUGGGCGAUCCUCUCAUCAUGGGUGCUUGUGGAGAAACGCGGAUCGCCAACAAGACGCAAAGCUGGGUCACCAUGAUCCAAGUUUAUGAGUACUUCAUUUCGCAUCAUCAGGCCAAAGCGUUCGAGUCGGUGUUCGGAGGUGUUACCUGUCUUCCAGGUUGUUUCUCCAUGUACCGCAUCAAAGCAAGAAAGCAAACUGACGACGACUGGGUUCCGAUCAUUGUCAAACCCCAAGUUACUCGCGAAUACAGUCAGAGUGUAGUGACAACUCUGCACCAAAAGAACUUACUCUUACUUGGAGAAGAUCGAUUUUUGACUACAACGCUACUACGAACUUUCCCCAACCGAAAAAUGGUCUUCUGUCCGCAAGCACGUUGCAAAACCGAAGUGCCUCACACCUUCAGCAUGCUACUAUCCCAACGUCGUCGAUGGAUCAAUUCGACCAUUCACAAUCUGAUGGAGUUGGUCUUGGUUCGAGAUCUUUGUGGUACUUUUUGCUUUUCGAUGCAGUUUGUCGUGUUUAUGGAUUUACUAGGUACAGCGGUUCUGCCGAUUUCGAUUGCGUUGACGUAUACUUUGGUGGCUACCUACUGCAUCAAUCCACCGCAUUCGUUCACCGAGGCGAUUCCGUUGAUGUUGUUGGUGGCGGUCAUCGGGAUGCCAGCGUUGCUUAUUUUGCUGGCAACUCGUAAGGUGGUUUAUGUGCUUUGGAUGUUGAUCUACCUCAUCGCUCUACCCGUGUGGAACUUUGUUCUUCCCGUAUACUCCUUUUGGCACUUUGACGAUUUCUCAUGGGGAGAAACACGCAAAGUCGAAGGCGAAGGAAAACAAAAGGGACACGGGGACCAAGGUGGUCUAGGCACGGGUAAUGCCGUUCCACUGCGAAGAUGGGAGGACUGGGAGCGAUCUAGAUUGCGCAAGAAGAAGCGAGAGGAGAAGCGACGACGUGAGUUGGAGAGGCAAUUUGGUGUUGGCUUCCACAACGACAAUGGAUCGGAUGGAGAUCAGGAUCGGAAGGAAGCGGGGAUGCCAUUGUCGAGACGGGAGAGUGAUUCGUUUAGCGAUUCGGUUACCGUCAGUGAUUUCGAUGACGAUAAAUGGGGGCAUCAGAUUGGUGGCUAUGAUGAAUCCUUGCCUCCGCCGGUUCAGAUUGUGAGGCAUUCGGUUUGGGUGGCUGAUCAAGAGGUGAUUAUCGAUACGGAGGAUAUGGAGAAGAUGUUGGAGACAGGGUGGGAUGAUAAGGCCUUUCGAUCCAAAACGAUGGGUGUGGGUGCCGGUGGGCUUGUGGGCAGUGAGGCAGCUUUACAACCGCAAUUUCCUUCGGCGGUGAAUAGGAAUAGGAUGUCUCAGAUGGGCAUGUUUCCGGUGAAUAGAGAUGCACCGGCUGUUCCCGAGAUUCCUUCCAGAUAUGGCGCUCCUGGUGGUGGAUUGACGAGAAGCAAUGGUGGUGCGGGAAAGACGCAAGGCUACCAACCAGGAAGCUACGAAAUGGAACGCACUCCUAGUCCAGGCGAGUAUGCAAGCUUGAUGCGUGGUGCUCCUUCCCCCUCUUCACCUAGUUUCCCACCUAUGCAGCCCUAUGGACAUUCGUCGGCCGUGAGUGGACAGCAGGGUGCUACACAUACGAGACAGAGGUCCGGGGGUGGUGGUCCACCACCACCGCUCAGAAAUGGACCUAGCGGCAACGGCUUCCCGCCUCCUGGUCGUGGUCAAGCUGGACAUGGUCAAGCUGGUGGUGGUCAAAGAGCAAGGCCUGGUGCUAAGGAGCCGAUUAGUCGCAGUUACCACGAUCGAUUUGGGUAA